CGCUUUGUUGCUGUUGUGUUUCUUUCUUGAACCUGAAAACCCGGGAUGGUCUUCAAUAGCAGGAUCUGGACUCCCCCCAUCUUGCCCUUGGUCGUGGGCAACCAAGCGGGGCAGAGAGCUGAACCAAAGUGUCCAUCGGAGGUGUCACGCCAAAGAAAGUGCGGCUGAACGAAAAGCGGCCAGAAAUUUACCCCAUUGGGCCUGACGACCGUGGGCCUGGAGCUUCCCCAUGGUGAAAGACCCUGGUCUGAUUUCGAGUCUGCCUUGCAAACGCUUCCGAACGUGCUUGGGCACAAUGCGGAGCGCGAAAGGGAACUCGUCUGGCUCCAGUUGGCACUGGGGCGGCUCUGCUAUCAGAUGUUCAGGGUAACCCUCUCUGCCUUAAAGCCACGGCCCCCCGCCGAGAGCCUUCCGGCCCCCUUCCUUCUUGUGUGUUGAUUGACCUUUCUUGAUUUCACACCUGUUGGGUCCUUCAUCUCCAACUGGACCACGUCCAAACGACACCACAUUGGGUAUCGCUCAAGACAUCCGCCCGUCUUCAACAUGUCCGAAGUCAAGCCCCCAGUUCAGUACGCUUCGGCGCCAGUUGCUGCACCCUCCGGAAGCCAGGAGCAUUAUGUCCAGCACACGCCUGUGUGGAUUGUGGUGGCCAGGGGCGCCCAGGUUUUCUUUUCUCUCAUAAUCUUGGGUAUGGCUGGCGCUGUCAUCCAUGACGUGAUGAUUGAGGAGCUCGCCUUUGGGAUCGCUUGCGUUGUCUUUACGUGGAUUGUUAUCGGUUACGUUCUCAUCACCGAGAAGGUUUCAGGGGCGCGUGAAGCGUAUAAUAUUUGGGCUGUGCUGUCGCUUGAUUUCUUGAUGGCGGUUUUGUGGCUCGCCGCCUUGGGUUCCAUUGCUGCCAGACGGGCACGAUUCGUCGUGCCCGUCAGUACUUCAAAUUGCCGUGAUGACGGUUCCGCUGUCUCCAGCAAGACUUGCGAUGUAUAUCCGGUGAAGCGAGCCCUCGAGAAACGCGGUGCCGUCUUGACCCAGAUGGGGCUCGGCUUGACAAGCGGCGCCGCAGGUCUGAGCGCGCUCAUGUGGUGA